CUCCUCGCCACUACCAUCACCAUCACCAUCACUAUCAUCAUCACCAUCCCCAUCACCGCCCUCUCCUGCACCGAUCAAGGCAUGCACACUGGACAUGGACAAUCGAUUAGAUCCCUAUCCCAAUAGCCCGUGGCUCUGCGGCCAGCAAAUCUCCUGCGAUAGUCUGGUAUCGCUAGACGAAGCCCUCCCGCUCCUCCGUGCUCAGGAUCCCUAUCAUGACACCAGCGACCUGGACGAAUAUGAGAACGAGCCCGAGCUCUCCCAAGUCAGCUCCUCGACGCUCUCCGAGACGCUGUCGUCCACUCUCUGCUCGAGCCCAACCGAGCCCACGCUCUCGCCCCAGGCCAGUCCGUUCGCCUAUCUCAAGCGCAUGCUGUCCCAGUCGUAUCGGCGGACCUUUCGCCUCUUUGAGCACUCGGCCGAGAUGGGCAACGUCGAGGCUCAGUACAAGCUGGCAAUGUGCUACAUGAAGGGCCACGGCAUCCAUCGCAACUUUGACGAGGCCUUCCACUGGCUCACCAAGGCUGCCCAGCACAACCACGUCGAGGCCCAGGCCACCCUGGGCGAGUGCUUCGAGGAUGGCCUCGGCACCCUUCCCGAUCUGCCUCGCGCCCUCUACUGGUACUCCACCGCCGCCCUCAACGGCUCGGCUCUGUCCAUGACCAACCUGGCCCGCUGCUACGAGCUCGGUCUGGGUACGGCUCCCAAUGCUGCCCUGUCUCUGGAAUGGUACCGCAAGGCAGCCCUGCUCGGCAGCCGCACCGCCAUCGUCAAGUACGCCGUCGCCCUGCUCGCCAAGAGAGGCCUCGAUCUGACGCAGCUGCAGUCGCUUGAUUGGUUCCGCAAGAGCGCAUCCGUUUCGGAGGCCGAGUCCAGAUACCGCAUCGGGCUCUGCUACAAGGACGGCAAGUCGAUCCCGCGGGAUCUGCAUGUGGCCGCAGAGCACUUUACCAUGGCGGCCCUGGCCGGACAUGCCGACGCCCACUACGAGCUGGGCUUGCUCUAUCUGCGCGACUUUCCACCCGAAGGCCACGAUCCAACCCUCGCCGUCCGCCAUUUGCGCAUUGCCGCUGAGCGCGGACAUAGCUAUGCACAGGAAGCCCUUGCCGAGUGCCUCGAAGCCGGUCUCGGCCUAUCUCCCGACCUGGACCAGGCCCUGGCUUGGUACCGCCUCGCCUCCGAUCAAGGGUGCAUCAAGGCCAUGAAACGCCUGGCCGAGCUGCUCCAGGAACACAGCCCAGGCCAGCCAAGAAAGCGCUCGCGACAGUCCCUCGGCUCGACCCAGACAAAGCCCUUCUUCUUGAGUCUCAGUCGAAGGUCUCCCAAGCCAUCUAUACCUGCAACAGGCAACGUCUCGUCUCUCGGCCCAUCCGAACCAAUUGAAAUGGCUCCCCUUGGACCGGUCUGAUGCGAAUCUGCGAACGUCAUCGCCUGAGGCCCUGGCCAGUGCCCCUUUCCUUCCGGGCUUCCCACCACCACCUUCCUUCAGUAUCGAAGACGACAACCCUUCACGGACCUGCAGUGCUCCUCCUCAGACCCUGGGCAAAUCAACUCUGCCCCACUCGACCGUGUGUACCUUUCGCCCACAUGUCCGUGCCGCCGAAUCAGCGUCACCUCCUCUUCCUCCU